GACUGCUGCCGAGUUCAACAACGCCCGAAUCACUAUGCAUAUGCAGUCUUGAGUUGCUACCUAUCGACUGUAGUAGCAGCAGGCGGUCGGUCAGACCUGUUCUAUAGCUGCACCUAUAGCUAUCACCGUUCACAGCUCCCCCCAGCAGACCUGAGCCGGCCAAGUUAUGCGCUAGCACGCAUCUCUUCUCGUCGCUUACCCUGCCAGCCGGUGCGCUGCGCUCGCACAGGUCACCACUCUUCUCGAACGUCGCCAACAAGUCAGCAGCGCGCUCAAGGGUCCGCCUUCAUCCUUGCCCGCAUCCCUCUUCACAUACGGCGCACGCCUUUCCUGAGCGCUUCAUAGGAGCCUUCUCGCCGACCACGGCAGCGCUGUUUGCACGAGAGCCUUCCGGAUCCACGCAAGCUUGUGCUCGGUUAGCCGAGCGAUGGUCGAUCUGACUCCGCUGCCUACGCCUGAAGCACCAGACAAAGGCCGAGCCGCAUCUCAGGCGCAGACCCUUUCCGCAAUCACUCCAUCUCAGCAAUCCAGGUCUGCUCAAGACGUACACGACACUCAUCAGCCUGCUCCUAUCAUUGCGGCUCCAGCCUCCCGCAUAGCUGCGCGUGAACCCGUCCUCUCUGCCUUACCUGUGCUCGACGCCGGGAAGGUGCUCCCAGCUUUGACUGGUGGUCAGAGCGGCAUCAACACGGCAUUUGGCGAAAGUUCAUCGAACUCUCCCACGGGUGCCGACGCGGGGAUCGCAAGCGCGUCAGACAAGGCUCCUGACAGAAUGGGUGACUCUUCCAGACGGGGCAUCAGCGGUUCCAUUCCAGGCAGCCAAGAGGCGAUGGACGCGUACGACGGCUACACGAGCUUCCUUAGCAGCAGCGCAUCUACGGAUGCACCUCACGCUGCUGCUGCUCUUGGAUCGAGCACGGCCAACGCAGAUCCGCUCGCGACCAAACCCUUGGUCAGCGUGCCUGAAGACGAGCAAAUGUCGGGCACAGAGUUCCGCUUGGAAGAGUCAGGAUCGAGUGCACAAAGAGUUGACAGCAAUGGAACGCGGUCCAGUGUUGCAUCGAGUGCCUCUCGGUCGCAGAGCAGCGAGCCCCAGAACGAUGUAUUUGGUGGAACGAGUGCGAGCUCAGGAGGCGAGUUGAGCUCGCAACGGCGUUCAGCAAAAUCUCCACGCGACGAGAGCCCUUCCAGCCCAUCAGCGCAGGGGGGAGAUGUGGGUAAACCGCUACCAGGUCUUCCGACUAAUCGACCGGCCUCUGACUUGCGACUGAACGGCGCAUGGCCGCCUCCGUCGUCGGGGAUCGGAGCAGAGCAAGCGCAGCCCGGUGCUCGGCCUGAUGUAUCCGCGCUACCACCUCAGCACGUCCCCCGACCGGUCUCGUACUCGUCAGAUUCCACUGCUAGGUCGGGCGAUCUUCCUGUGGCGGCAAACUCCACUUUGGUAACGCCUUCCAUUACACGGCGAUCUAGCAACAGUCCUUCCAUUGUGGUGCCAGCGCAGGUCAACGGAGAGUCACCCCUCUCACCGCCUGACGCGGAUCCUGCUCGAUCAUUAGCGGAAAGCAACAGGAGCUCCAUAGAUGAUAUCAGGCGAAUGCAUGCUGCGCGAGCGGCAGCGCGCGGUAACGAGUAUGCUGCGCACACGCCCGAGGCGAGGCAGCCUCGAAGGGUCCCUGGAUCUGAGCCCGGCCGUCCCACGAGCGUCGUGGAGCCCAGAAAUACUGACAGCGCUACCUCAAGCCGAAGCACCAGCCGCAAUGCGCCUAGGGCGCGGAGCAGUGAUGGUCAUGAGUCCGGAGCGAGAGAAAGUCAUCAUUCACGAGACUCUGCGCGGACACCUCCAAGGUCGGCCGGAAGCGGCACGGCGACAUCUCGGGCGGAGGAGCCGAGGGAUUGGAGUCAUGCUGAGCGAACAGAACGCUCUCCCCACGGUACGCCCACUAGCGCAAUUGCAUCUUCUUCUGACCGCGACAGAGAGCGUCGGAGUCGACGAACACUUGGCGAUUACGCAUUAGGAAAGACGUUGGGUGCAGGCAGCAUGGGCAAGGUGAAACUAGGGGUGAAGAUGACGAACGGCGAAAAGGUGGCCAUCAAGAUUAUUCCACGUCAUACCUCCUUGGCUGCCGUGCAGCAGCCCAAGUCGAGCGGCGAUGCCACGCCUCAGCCUACGCCCUCAAUCUUGGCGAAAGCCGCAGCGAAAGACCACAGCAAGGAGGUUCGGACGAUUCGGGAGGGCAGCCUGCAGCUGCUGUUGCACCAUCCCUACGUCUGCGGGAUGAGAGAAAUGAUCAUUCACCCGAACCACUAUUACAUGGUCUUUGAGUACGUCAAUGGAGGCCAGAUGCUGGACUAUAUCAUCUCUCACGGCAGGCUCCGCGAGAGGGCGGCACGCAAGUUCGCCAGACAAAUUGGCAGUGCUCUGGAAUUCUGUCAUCGUAAUUCUGUGGUCCACAGAGACCUCAAAAUCGAGAACAUCCUCAUCUCAAAGACCGGAAACAUCAAGAUUAUCGAUUUUGGGCUCUCAAAUCUCUUCUCACCUCACUCGCACCUGUCGACGUUCUGUGGCUCGCUGUACUUCGCAGCACCAGAGCUCUUGAAUGCCAAGGUGUACACAGGGCCAGAAGUCGAUGUUUGGAGCUUCGGCAUCGUCCUGUACGUUCUUGUCUGCGGCAAAGUGCCCUUCGAUGACCAGAGCAUGCCCGCAUUGCACGCCAAGAUCAAGCGGGGUCAGGUCGAAUACCCAGCCUGGCUGAGUGGAGAGUGCAAGCACAUCUUGUCAAGGAUGCUGGUCACCAAUCCAAAUCAGCGCGCGACUCUGCCCGAAAUCCUAGCCCAUCCCUGGAUGGUCAAGGGGUAUGAUGGCCCGCCAAACGCGCACCUUCCCAAUAGGCAGCCACUUAGGCCGGGCCAGCUGGACCCCGAGGUGCUUCAAGGCAUGACUGGCUUCGAAUUUGGGGCGCCAGACGACAUCGAAGCUCGACUAACAGAAGUUCUCACCAGCGAAAGCUAUCAGACGGUCCUGCAAGCGUGGGAGGUUAAGCACGGGAUCUCGAGGAGCUCUUCCGGCGCUCAGAUAGCAUCGAACGGGACGAGCACACCUGUCGAUGCGCCACUUGGCAGGGCGUCAACCAGGGGCAGCGUUGACUCAAAGUCAAAGACGGGAAGUAAGCGAUUUAGCGGCAUAGACUUUUACCGAAAGAAGAUCAACGUCUUCGGCAGUGGCGCAAGCAAAGAUGAUCCAGGCUCCAAUGGCAUCCUCAAUGGUGCCACGAAUCCUAAUGCGACAUGGCCCGGGGCUGGUAAGGAGCCUUUGGACCCCACGCGCGGCUUCCAUCCUCUUAUCUCUAUUUAUUAUCUUGUUGCGGAGAAGAUGGAGCGCGAGCGGCUUUACGGACAUUCGUUCUUUGCCAGCUCAAACGUUUCGCUCAACGGCACGCAAGGUGGUCCCUCGAAUCGACCACCAUCUAUAGUCACAAGCUCAAGCCGGGUUGGCACGUCCAUGCCUACUGCUGCCGACAUCCCACAAGAAGCUCUCCGCGUGCCAGAGCAAUCGCACGUCUCUGCGAAUCGUAAAGAAAGCCCAGGCGUGCCUGUCGAUCUUCCUGCCCCACCUGCAAGCGCUCGCUCGACAGGCUCGACACCAGCCACACCCACUCCAGUCUUCGAGUCGCGCCAAAAGAGUCAGCCUAUGCCGGUGAUGACUGGUCCUCCGAGACCGCGGGCACAAGGCAACGAGUUCGAAGCCGCUUUGCGCGAGAAGGGUUUCGCAGCACCGACUUGGUCUGCUGCGACGGCUCCUGGAAGCAAGAGGUCCGAACCACCUGCGAGCAUUGCGGGCGGCGCUGUCUUUGCUGGAGCCUCUGUGCGGCCAAGUAGUACUGCUCCAGCACAGGUCUCGAACCACAAACGCAGCAUCAGCCUGAGCGGCAAACGCGCGCCUACUGUCGGUAGAAGCUCUGAUCUCGCGCCAGCACCCUUGGAAAAGGACAUCCCUGUGAGCGGGCCCAGAAUUGUGCGCAAGGACGCGGCUCUCAACACUCCGGACAAGCGCAAGACAUACCAUGGUGCGCUGGCUGAUCACCAGGAUCAAUCAGCCUCUCUGGAGAGCGAGGUCCUCGCGAACCCGGCAGACAACAGCGCUCUCGCGACCCCGAACAGCGCAGGAAGCACAAGCCUGGUGAGAAGAUUCGGCUCCUUGCUGGGUAGAUCACCCUCGACACCCCUGGAUGUCGAUAAGCGCCGUCAGCAACGCAUGAGUACGGGAGCCAUGUCCCUGUCCAGUAGCCCUGCCAACCGGCGUGGAAGCAUACAGGUUGGCACCGGAUUGACAGGUGUCGCAGAGAAUGGAGCAGAGUCGGCUGAGGCAGAUCAGAACGCGCCGAGCUCAGCCGUCAGUUCCAAGAGAAGGUCCAAUCUAAACGAAACAGGUUCUGGAAGCCCACAAUCGAUAGGCCGCACUGCAGGAGGCAAGGCUCUUUCACCGAGCAAGGGUCGUCCCAGCACUCCGGGCUCACCAUUCGGAGGCUUGAUGUCCGCCGAGCCAGCUUCCGCGCCUGCCGCUCAGAGCAAUGGUGCUGAUUCAUCAUGGCAGGGCGCUGCGCACCCUUCCCAUCUUGGAGCUAUACCGCAAAGUCGCAGAGAGUCUGCAGUGCGAUCCGCAACUCUCAAUGCUGGUCACUCUGUGAGCGCGACCAAGGACGCUUCGCCAGCUGUCACUGCAGCGGUGCGAACAGAGACGGAAGGCGAGCGAGAAACAUCGAUCUCCAAGCCAGUCUUCUUGAAGGGUCUCUUUAGCGUGCAGACCACGUCGACCAGACCGCGAAGGGAGAUACACGCCGGCCUCAUCCGAGUCUUUGAUCGAAUUGGCGUGCAGUAUCGAGAGAUCAAGGGAGGCUACGAGUGCGUACAUCUGCCCAGUCUGGACUUUUCAGGUGUAGGCGGCACCCCUACGUCUCUUCCAGAGGGUCGAGGUAAUGUGCGAAUUCCAAUCACUCAAGGUGUUUCUUCUCAGGGAGUAAUGGAGAAUAUGGACGACAAUGAGAAUAUACGUCCCGGAGGUCCAAGACGAAAGCAGAGCCGCAUCUCGUUCGUCUCGGGCAAGACGAGACUGAGUAAACGCGGCGAGGGUUCGCAAGCAGACUCUGCGAGCAUUCACUCUACGCGAGACGGCGAAGCGCGGAGCCCGGUUACUUCUCGCAGUAGAGCGAGCUCCAUGACGGCCAAUACGCUGGAAGCUGCGUUGGAAGCAAACGCGAACAGUCCCACAGUCGAGCGUCAGCUGGGUCGUCAACGCACAGACUCUCUUAGCGGAAGUGUCGCACUCAAUCCUGGCGGCAGUUCACGAGAAGCAUCUGCCACGCCUGCCCCAACGACGUCCGGCCCGCCACCUGUGCCUGCAAAGGCGAUGGAUCAGGCGACCGCGCAUGAUCUCGCCGUCCGGUUUGAAAUUUUCGUAGUCAAGGUGCCGCUGCUGCUAGGUGUCAAUGGACUGCAAUUCCGACGAGUGGCCGGCAAUCCUUGGCAGUACUCAAUGCUGGCUCGCCGCGUCCUCCAGGAGCUCAAGCUAUGAGUCUCAAUGCGUCACCAUCGCUUUCACCCACGAUUCUCUUCUUCACUGCUUUCUCCGACAAGGUGUUGACCCGAUGUACUUACGCCUCUGUGUCUUAGUGCAUUUCAGUCCAUCUAUGCGUCAUCAUCCACGUCUGCGCUCAGGCUGAGCUUCCGCCCCUGUCACACCUUUGCCAUACUCAAAACCCGCAUCCUGCGGCUGGCCUUCCAUGUUCACCGCUGGGCUCUUCUGCAUCGUAAGAUGUUAGCCGCCGUGUCCUUCUAUACACUUCUCUUCGCUCACACGCAAUUGGAACCAAUGUCAUUUGUGUCAUUGAGGCUGUGUUGACCGCACACUCGUGACUCUUGACUUUUACGUGGCGGUCGAUGCUUUCUGACCGCCCACUCCUUUGCACGAAGAUCCAAAUUCCAAAGCGGCGGGUCCGAAUUGUGGAAAAUCGUUCCAGGUAGAAGGUUGGCUGCAUGCUGACAGCGGAGUCG